AUGUUCCGGAACAAUUACGAUAACGACUCAGUGACGUACUCGCCCACGGGGAGAUUGUUCCAGGUCGAGUACGCGCUCGAAGCCAUCAAGCAAGGGCUGGCGGCGGUCGGGUUGGCGCUGAAGUCCCACGUCGUCCUCGUCGCCCUCAAGCGUAACGCCGAAGAACUCGGCUCUUACCAAAAGAAAAUCAUUAAAGUCGACGACCACAUGGGCAUUGCCCUCGCCGGGCUUGCCCCCGACGCCCGGGUGCUUUCCAACUACCUCAGAAAGUUGGCGAUGCAAGAAAAGAUGGCGUUCAACCGACCGCUAGCCACGCUGAAGGCAGUGUUGCUGAUCGCCGACAAGGCCCAGGAAAACACCCAAUCGUACGGGUCGAGACCCUACGGGGUGGGUCUCCUCGUUGCCGGCUACGACGAAUCGGGGGCGCACUUGUACGAGUUCUUACCCUCCGGUAGUGUCCUUGAGUACUACGGUGCCUCCAUUGGUGCCCGUUCGCAAGCGGCUCGGACUUACUUGGAACGUAACUUGGACGCCAUCAGAGACUGCACCACCGUCGAACAAUUGAUUGUCCACGGUUUGCACGCUUUGAGAGAUACGUUGUCCCAGGAUGUUGAGCUCACGUUUAAGAACACCUCGGUGGCUGUAGUGGGUAAGGAAACCGACUUUACCGUCUACGACGACGAAAACGUCCAGCAAUGGUUGGACAAGUUGGACCUGGUGUCGAACGCGAGAAACCGCACCGACGACGAUGACGACGACGACAACGACGACAACAACAACGCCGGCGGCGCUGCUGGUGCCACUGAAGGCGCCAAGGAAGAGGUCGACGCCGCCGCCGCCACCCAGGACGGCACUGACGCCCCUAAGGACGAAGACGUCACCAUGGCCGACGCCUAA